AUGGCACCCCCAAAGUCUCAAAGGGCAUUGGAUUUCUUCUGGCAGGGUAAGGGAGGGAAGCAGCGCAUGGAACAAGAUGGCAGCGGCUCCCACUCACCCACUCACACCUCAGACGCAGGGUCAGACACAGAUUCGAGGCAAGUAACCACUGAUGAUCUCUCUGUGUCAGAAAAACGCCUGGCAGCCAUGCUGCAGGACCUACGCACCUCUAUGAAGACUGACUUCCAGGCUGCGGUCUCUGACAUGCGCAAAGACACCCAUGAAGUGGGAACACGGGUGAAUGCGCUAGAAGAAAAAACUGAUGAGCUUUGCCAUAUGAAUGACACCAUAGUAGAGAAAAUACAAAGGAUGGAAGCUGAUAACAAACGCCUUAUGGAAAACCUGGCAGAUCUGGAAGACCGCUCCCGCCACAAUAACAUCUGCGUGCGUGGAGUACCAGAAACAGUGACACAAGAAGAGCUGCCGGCCUACCUACUGCGACUCUUCCAAGCGAUCCAACCAAGCGUAGAGCUGGCGGAUCUCCACCUGGACCGGGCACACCGAGUGCCAAAACCUCAAAACCUUGCACAUGAAGUACCAAGAGACAUUGUGACCAGAUUGAACUACUACAGUGCUAAGGAAGCCAUACUCAUGGCGCAAAGGAAGGCCUCAGCGAUGCAGCCAACCUAUGAAUGUAUCUCCCUCUUUGCCGACCUCUCACCGACAACAAUGGCCAGGAGAAGGGACUUCAUUAACAUUACAAAAUGCCUCAGGAACAACAAAAUACUGUACAGGUGGGGAUUUCCUACAAAACUCCUUAUCUGGCGGAAUGGCUCCCUAAUAAAGAUUGAAGAUCCGGCUCUGGGCAUGGACAAGCUCAAGACCUGGGGCUUGUUCCCAGACAACAAAGCACCAAACGCCCAAGCCUCCCUAAAGAAGGUAACCGCAGAUUGGUCCAAGGCCUAA